AUAAUAAUAAUAAUAAUAAGAAUAUCAGUUCAGAACACAGACAGUAGUAGUAGUUGUAAUUCCCAAGAGUAUCCACCUCCCACAAUACAAAUAGAUCAGGUCGCCAUCACUUAUAUUAUAUUUAGUACCGAUCUCUGGAUCUAUACAUUUAGGUCAUAUUGGUCAAGAUCUACCCACUCGACACAAACUCAAACAUACACAUUCACACACACAGUUAUAAUUAUUAUUCCAGUUCCAGCACUCUCAAUCACUCCAUCAAUCAAUCAAUCAAUCAAUCAAUGUAUA